ACUGCUUAAAAGUCAAGACCACACGACUAAACUUCAUAUACUAUCAUCUAAUUAAACAAAGGGACACUUCAAUUAUUAUUUUUUACUGGAUCCCUCAGACGAAAGUAGCCAAAAAANAAAAAAAAAAAAAAAAGAUAAUGAAACGUUUAUCUCUAUGUUUCAUUAUUGUGGUCAUCGCAUUGACAACAAGCUACGUUGCUGAUGCCUUUACCAGAAACGAUUUUCCAGAUGAUUUCCUCUUCGGAGCCGCCAGUUCUGCUUAUCAGUGGGAAGGAGCUGUUGAUGAAGACGGAAGAACUCCUAGCGUAUGGGAUACUUUCGCACACUCUCACAAUACAAUUAGCGGUGAUGGAGAUAUAACAUCUGAUGGGUAUCACAAAUACAAGGAAGAUGUUAAGCUGAUGGCAAAAAUGGGCUUAGAAUCAUUUAGAUUCUCAAUAUCCUGGUCAAGACUUAUACCUAAUGGAAGAGGACUCAUUAACCCAAAAGGCCUAUUGUUUUACAAGAACCUCAUCAAAGAACUAAAAAGCCAUGGAAUCGAACCACAAGUUACGCUUUACCACUAUGAUCAUCCUCAGUCUCUUGAAGAUGAGUACGGAGGAUGGCUCAACCGCAAAAUCAUAGAAGACUUCACUGCUUUUGCAGAUGUAUGUUUCAGAGAGUUUGGGGAGGAUGUAAAGCUAUGGACUACAAUAAACGAAGCUACAAUAUUCGCCCUUGGUUCUUAUUGCCAAGGAAUCUCUCCGCCUGGACGUUGUUCUCCUAACGAAUUCGUCAAUUGUUCUGCUGGAAAUUCUUCUACAGAACCAUAUAUUGUAGGCCAUAACAUUUUGCUAGCUCAUGCCUCUGCUUCGAGAUUGUAUCAACUAAAGUACAAGAACAAACAGAGAGGAUCCAUAGGGAUUAGUAUAUAUGCAUUCGGGUUUUCUCCCUAUACAAACUCCAAGGACGAUGAAAUCGCAACUCAAAGAGCUAAAACUUUCUUCUUUGGCUGGUUGUUGAAGCCUUUGGUAUUUGGAGACUAUCCGGAUGAAAUGAAGAAAACUGUGGGAUCAAGAUUACCAGUUUUCACAAAGGAAGAGUCAGAGCAAGUUAAAGGAUCAUCCGAGUUUGUAGGAGUGAUUCACUACACGACAUUCUAUGUCACAAACCGACCCUCACCUACGUUCUUUCCCAUGAUCGAAGGCUUCUUUGAAGACAUGGGCGUCUAUAUGAUCGCCGCUGGGAAUUCUUCAUUUUUUGUGUGGGAAGCUACUCCAUGGGGUCUAGAAGGUAUUCUUGAGUAUAUAAAGGACAACUAUAACAAUCCCCCAAUCUACAUUCUUGAAAAUGGUAAGCCGAUGAAUAGCAAUUCGACACUGCAAGACACAGAAAGAAUUGAUUACAUUGAAGGUUACAUUGGUGCAGUGCUCAACGCCAUCAAGAAUGGAUCGGACACAAAAGGUUACUUUGUAUGGUCGAUGAUUGAUAUGUAUGAGUUGUUGAGUGGAUAUACGACCAACUUUGGAUUGUACCAUGUGAAUUUCAGCGAUCCUGGNAAGCUUUCUUUAAUUUCAUUGUUGUUGAAGCCUUUGGUAUUUGGAGACUAUCCGGAUGAAAUGAAGAAAACUGUGGGAUCAAGAUUACCAGUUUUCACAAAGGAAGAGUCAGAGCAAGUUAAAGGAUCAUCCGAGUUUGUAGGAGUGAUUCACUACACGACAUUCUAUGUCACAAACCGACCCUCACCUACGUUCUUUCCCAUGAUCGAAGGCUUCUUUGAAGACAUGGGCGUCUAUAUGAUCGCCGCUGGGAAUUCUUCAUUUUUUGUGUGGGAAGCUACUCCAUGGGGUCUAGAAGGUAUUCUUGAGUAUAUAAAGGACAACUAUAACAAUCCCCCAAUCUACAUUCUUGAAAAUGGUAAGCCGAUGAAUAGCAAUUCGACACUGCAAGACACAGAAAGAAUUGAUUACAUUGAAGGUUACAUUGGUGCAGUGCUCAACGCCAUCAAGAAUGGAUCGGACACAAAAGGUUACUUUGUAUGGUCGAUGAUUGAUAUGUAUGAGUUGUUGAGUGGAUAUACGACCAACUUUGGAUUGUACCAUGUGAAUUUCAGCGAUCCUGGUCGCAAGAGAACUCCAAAGCUCUCUGCUGCUUGGUACACUGGUUUUCUCAAUGGUACAAUUAAUGUUGCUUCUCAAGAUAUUAUUCAGUUGGAGAGCAACUCCUCUAGCUCUUCUUCGUUGUAAUGUAUUUAACCAAAGGGUCAUGGUUUAGUUUAUUUCAUCUAUACUAUGAAAAACCUCAGCAACUUAGCAAAUGGUUUGAUAAUAUUUGUUAUUUGCAUAUGAAAUGAUGCAUGUACCUUUUGAGACCAA